GAUGUCUUGGUUUAACCCAACCCCCGUCCUCCCAAUCUCCUUCCCCAACUUUUAGCCCCUUGUGCCACCCAACCAGACGAUUCCGUCCACUUCUCCCAUCCUAUCCUCCGCGAAUCAAUCGUCAAAGCUCCUCCUCCUCGGUCGAAUCGGAGAGCCCAAACGAAACCCUCUGCUCCGAUCCAAUAACCUCGCGUUGCGUCCUCCUAUCGGCUUCAUUCGUUUGCAUUCUUUGAAGAAGCGCUGAGGGAUCCGGGAAGGAACUAGCAAGUCCCCGCCUUUUGUCUGCCUUUGCUUCUUAUAGAUUUAUUAGUGGAGAUUGGGAUGGGUCAGCUAAGCCUUCACCGGAUUUCAAUUAGCUAACGUUUUCUGAAUUCUACGCUUAUCGGUCUUCGUGGACUUGAAGCUUUGGUAAAUAGUUGGCUCUCAUCCCGUAUUGCUCUAAAAUGGGUGGUGUAGUUGGGAGGAGCAACUCGAUAAGGCGAAGUUCUCCAGAAUCAAAACUUGAGGCAAAGAUGGUUGAGGCUAUGCAGCGAAGGGCAUCUGAAGGAACUUCUGUGAAGUCAUUCAACAGCAUUAUUAUGAAAUUUCCAAAAAUUGAUGAGAGCUUACGAAAGUGCAAGUCCAUUUUUGAGCAGUUUGAUGAAGAUUCAAAUGGUGCGAUAGAUCAAGAAGAACUGAAGCAUUGUUUCCAGAAGCUAGAAAUCUCCUUUAAUGAGCAGGAGAUCGGUGAUCUCUUUUUGGCAUGUGACAUUGAUGAGAACAUGGGUAUGAAGUUUAAUGAGUUUAUUGUUCUUCUCUGCCUUGUUUAUCUUCUCAAGGAACCGGCAGCUGUACAAGCAAAUUCCCGUAUGGGGUUGCCAGACCUUGAGACGACUUUUGAGACUCUGGUUGAUGCUUUUGUGUUUUUGGACAAGAACAAGGAUGGAUAUGUUAGCAAGAAUGAGAUGGUACAUGCCAUAAACGAGACAACUGGAGGUGAACGCUCUUCUGGACGCAUAGCCAUGAAAAGAUUUGAGGAGAUGGACUGGGAUAAAAAUGGCAUGGUGACAUUUAAGGAGUUCCUUUUUGCUUUUACCCGUUGGGUGGGGAUUGAUGAUGUUGAAGAUGAGGAGUGAUCGUUGCAUGUCCAUGUUGAACGGUUGCCCACAAGAAGGCCUUGCAGUACAGCAAUGAAGAGCAAAUUCCAAAGAGGCUCUGUGUAUACAUAUAUGUGUUCCCCUUUUUCUUUUGCAAUAAGGACAACUGCUUUCGUACCAUGUGAGUGAUUGAAAGCCCUCCGAUAUCUGCUAAGUAUAUUCUAGUAAAGUUGCAAAAUUUUAACUGCACGAUUAGUAUUUGACAAGCAAAAUUACUGUUGAAGGCCAAUUCUAUGUAAUUUCUUUCAGCAGGGCUCCAUUGCCUGUCGUUGUUGGGUA